AUAAGUGAUAGUUGAGAUCCGCUGUUUUCCCAGAAGCCCUAUUUCUCCCCCCCCCCCCCUCUCCGACAAAUCAAUCUUUCGAAUCUUCGUUUUCUCCAUGGCUAAGAAGCGAAAGCAACGAUCUUCUGCGGUCGAACCCACUAAAACAACAGCGGAUCCUCAACCAAUCGAAGAAGAAGAAGAAGAAGAAGAAGAAGAAGAAGAAGAAGAACAACAACAUCAAGAAUACAUACCCGAAGAUCCAAAACUUAACGUAGAAGAGGAAGAACUCCAGGAAGUUGAGGAGGAAGUUGAAGAAGAAGCAGAAGAGGAGGUUGAAGAAGAAGAGGAAGUGGAGCUGGAUGAAGACGAGGAGGAAGACGAGAACGAAGAGGAUGAAGAUGAAGAAGAAGCGGAAAACCAAACCCUAGAUGGAAACGGAGCUCCGAAAGGAACAAGUCAAGAAGAGGAAUUGGACGAUGAGCCUUUCGAGACACUUCUACAACCGUUUGAGAAAGAUCAAUUGAUUACCCUUAUCAAGAAAGCAGUCAAAAAGCACCCAGAGUUCAUAUCGUCGGUUCGUGAGCUUGCCGAUGUGGACCCGUCUCAACGGAAGAUCUUCGUUCACGGUCUCAGUUGGGAUACCACUGCUGACACCCUCACCGCCGAGUUUUCUAAAUAUGGGGAAAUCGAAGAAUGCAAAGCGGUUACCGAUAGGGUUUCUGGGAAAUCUAAGGGUUAUGCUUUUAUUCUCUUUAAACAUCGGAGUGGAGCUCGCCGAGCUUUGAAACAGCCCCAGAAGAAGAUUGGGAAUAGAACUACUUCUUGUCAGUUGGCUUCGCAAGGGCCGGUUCCAGCACCUCCUCCAACUGCACCGCCUGUGUCUGAGUAUACUCAGAGAAAGAUUUUUGUUAGUAACGUUUCUGCUGAAAUGGACCCCGAGAAGUUGCUUGAGUUUUUUAAACAGUUUGGGGAAAUUGAGGAAGGUCCGUUGGGGCUUGAUAAGCAUACAGGGAAACCGAAAGGGUUUGCUCUUUUUGUAUACAGGUCGGUUGAGAGUGCAAGGAAGGCCUUAGAAGAGCCACACAAGAAUUUUGAAGGCCAUGUUUUGCAUUGCCAGAAGGCCAUUGAUGGGCCAAAACCGACUAAAGGUGGUUAUGCAGGAGGUGCUUCUUCUGGGCAUCAUCAGCCGUACCAGCAGCACCAGCAAGGGCAACAUCAGAAUCAGUCUCGUUACCAUCAUGCUAAGAAGGGGAAGUACUCUUCUAGUGGAUCAGAGACCGGUCAUUUGAUGGCUCCAUCUGGGCCUGCUGCAUUGGGAGUGGGGUUUAACCCUGAAGUUGCUGCUGCUGGGUUGAACCCUGGGGUGGCUUUUACUGCUCCAGCUUUAAACCCAGUGCUUGGACAGGCUUUAACUGCGUUGCUUGCUUCUCAGGGUUCUGGUUUGGGGCUCGGUAAUCUGCUUGGAGGGUUUGGUGGUGCCCCUGUGAACCAGGGAGCACCUGCUGCAGGUUAUGGGGGUCAGGUUACAGGAGGCUACGGGAACCAGAUGGGAGUACAGGGUGGGUAUCAGAAUCCACAGAUGGGGCAGGGCGGUGCUGGUAGGAAUCAGCCUGGUGGCGGUGCUCCUUACAUGGGAUAGUGGGUAAGCCCCAAGGUACGAUGGUCAUGUAGUCCCGCCUGCCUGCUUACACGUAAUGUAUUCUUAACAGAAGUGCCACCAGCUUCUACUAACCUUCCAGCCCCAGGCCCCCUCCCCCCUGUCCUUGUGUGGAUAACCUUUGCAUUAGGGAGGGGAACGAAUGGAGUUUUUGGUGUUCGAUGGCUGGUGAAAUGGCUUCUUUGUCUUCAAUGACACCAUUUGUUGUUUCCUUGAGUUGUUUGUGAUGGGGGAGAUGGAAUCAACUUGACUUGGAAGGCUAUAGAUGUUUUGUAUCAUACCAGUUGUUCAUGUAUGUGCUUGUGAAUGUCCCUCGUCUUGUUUGAGGGACUUGGAUAAAGGAUCUGCUAGUAGUUUAUUUCGAUGGGACAGCAGGACCAGUGAAGCCGAAGAAUGUAUUCCAUCUGGAGGCAUAAUAUGCUGUCCAUAAAUGCCCUCAUAUCUGGAUUGCCUUGCUGCCUAACUUAAAUUGCAGCUCCUGAUUAUUGCUCUUGAUGCAUGUAAGACAUGAAUACUAGACUAGAUUGAUAUAUUUAUCUAUAACCAGUGAAAAAACAGCGUUGUUUGGUGGACAAUGGAUUGGUUACUCUCUUUGAGAGAUAAACUUGAUUUGGAUGAAUAAAUAAAUUUUGAGUUAAUUGAA